GCGAAGGCGCAACACGUUAAGUGUGUGUAUAGUGAAGUGUAGUGAUGGCUAAGUUCGUGCUUAUCGUGGUUGUGCUAGUGGUUGUGGAGGCUCACAGGCCUCAUCCUAAGCUGCUGAGGUUCGCAUCCGAGGAGACAGACGGACAGAAUGUUAUUAAGAAAGGUGCAUGUAACAGUACACACGCUCAACUACGGAACGACUAUAUACUCAAAUCAAAAUGCGGAGACCCGAAGGAUGUGUUCGUUGAACUUAAACUUCAGGGGUCAUACUUACAGGUGACGCCGAGCGCGGUGUGGGUCAAGCGCUGUGUGGGGCUCUGCGACUACGCGGCCCGAGGGUCUCAGUGCGUGGCCACACAGACCAAGAUUGAACAUGUACCGGUUAAAAUCUACAACCUAAAAACGGACAAAUACACAUGUUCUACAUACGCAGUAGAAGUGCACGAGAAGUGUGGAUGCUGCGUGAAAGAUUGCGCGGCGCCGAAAGUGUUCAACCCUCGUAAGUGUUCCUGUCAAUGUCCCAACUUGGAAGAAAGAAGGAAUUGUUUAAAACAGAGGAAUUCGAAUAUGAGGUGGAAUCGAUCUAAAUGUGUCUGCGAGGCUAAGAGAAGAGUCACGUGGUGAUGUUAGCUUUGAUCUCAUAGUGCCUGCAGGGAACGUCAGUGAAAAACUGUGAAAAAAAAAACAUUUUUUGUGAGAAAAAACAACAAAACUGUGAAAAAAAUCUUUGUCUGUGAAAAAAUCAACAUGGACUAUGAAAAAAAAAACGUUAUUUGUGAAAAAAACGUUAAAAUAACGUUAAAUAUGAAACUGUGUUGUGAAACAGUGACAUUCGACUGACGUAGAAGUAUUGACGGAAUCUUAACAGUAUUAGCAAAUGGGACCAAAUGGUGCUGUGAGCCAAGUUCCAUAUAGAUUAAUUAUAAUUUUAAUUUUAAUUAUUUUUUAUUUUAAUUGUAAAGUGUAAACAGUAUUAUGUGUUUUGUGCUUGUAGCAUCGAAUGUUGUGCGCGUGGAAAUGGUCUAAGACGCGGUAAUGCGUAAUUCCUAAAAUGUGAUAUUUAUUCCGUAAAUUUUAGGGACUUACUACUAGUCAAGUUUUAAUGUAAAUUAUUUAUUUUAUUUGUAAAUAUGACUCGAUUUGGCUCUCUGUAUUAUUAUAGUUUUUAGGACCUGUUUCGAUUUUUUUAUUUAUUUAUUGUAUUAUUUAGUUAAUAUCAAUGUUUUUAACAAUUGCGAACGCAACUCCAGUAUUUAUAAAAAUUUAAGAUAAAGUAAAGGAAACAGGGCCUUGAUGUAAAUAUUAGUAAAAAUUUAAAUUAUUUUAAGAGACUAGUCUUAUAAGUGCCAAAGGCAUGGAAUCUCUAAAAAUUGUCUUACGUUAUUUAUUAUCAUUAUUUUGUAAAUAUCAAGAAUUAAUUUAAUUUAAUAUUAUAAGGAACAGUGAUCGUAAUUAUUAUAAA